GGGAUUUUUGGUUGGUUUUGCUGAUUUUUGAAAUAGGGAAUUGAUGGAGAAGGAAGGGAGAGUGGAAGAAAGUUAUGGACAGAGCAGCUCUAGUCUUAAAUCACCUCCAAGAAUAAUUCACAAAGAAAUAACAUUUUAUCCCAGCAAAUCUCCUUCUCCUCCUGAAAAGCAUCGUGAAAACUUGAAUGAUUCAUUUUUCGAACUUAGCAGUGUAUUCAAACAAGCAAAUACAAAGAAGGAUCGAGAUUCAACUUGUGAAGAAGUAUCUGACCAGAGAUAUUUUAAAAUACACAAGAAGAUGCCAUUUGGUACGAAGGAAGAUCCAUUCAGACAAGACUCUUUUAAUAUAAACCCACUUAAUAGUGUCAACUCAAAUCUUAAGAACGUAAUUGAUAAUAUGGGACCUAUGUCAUCUGUUGUUUUCAAGUCGAAGAAGGAAAGUGAGAAUAUUACUCUUGGAAGAAGCAGAGUGUCUUCUAAAACUAGUUCUAACAAAAAUCAGCACACGGAAUCUCUCCAUGAUAUUUGAGAGAAGGAGGAACACUUUAAAAACGAUGAAUUAAAUUCUAGCAAUCAUAAAACCAUUGGAAAAAUACAAACUCCAAUUUUGAAGCCCACGACAACUCUCCAAAUUCCAGAUUGGUACUAUCAGGCUAAGCAAGACUCACAAAGGUCUGACUUUGAUAACAUGCAUUUAAAGCCAAGAGUUUCUUCAUUAAAGAGUGCAAAGUCCAGCUUUACACCACAGACACCAUCUAUUCGUAAAUCAACCAGUUAAGUGAUUCUCCGUGCUUUCAUGGAGUUUCAUUUUGGGAGAGAAUUCAAUAUU